CAGUCCGAGUACGAGUCAGUUAGCCACCGUCCGUUGCACAGUUCGCACGUCGCGUCUCACUAGGAGAGCCGCCCUGAGAAAGUAGUUGACCAGUCUAUGGACGAUCCCUAGUUUUGGCUGGAACGGGAGUGGAGUGUAAUGCCAGCGAAUGCCAGCACGUCUGGCCAAUAUUUUGGGCCAUUGGAACGUGAUUUAUGUGGGUCAGCGGUAGCAGCAGCAGCCGAUCGAGUGCCCUAGAGCUACUUAGGAAUAGCAAACCCCCCCGUCAGCCCCCCUCUGAGCAACCAAUGCCACCGGCUGAUAAGAGACUAACGGAGGAGUGUGAUAAGAGCGCAAUUUGAGUGGAGUGGAGUGGAGUGUCGCAGUGCUUGGCGCCAAGUCGUAAAUUAAGUGAUUUUCGGUAAACAGAGAGACUCAAACUGAAAUCGAAAUUGCCAUUCCCUCAAUAAUUAGUAUAUAAUCAUUAAUCAAAGCGAAUAUUAAACAAACAAAAAAACCAAAAAAUGGCAAAACGCCUUGAGAGCCAUGAGGAGGAGGAGGCAGGAGGGGACCUGGAGUUGCCGCUGUUGUCGCAGCAGGAGCGGAGUCAACGGAGGAGUGGAACAAUUCCUGUGUGCAUCAUGCACAACACCGGCAAACCAACCACCGCCUCUCCGCCCACAGCACAGCAGCAACAGCAGCAGCAGGCAAGGCCACAGUCGCCGUCACCCGGACGGAAUCCCGCGGAGGAUGAGGACGAGACCGAUGUGAUUGGCGACCUGAUGGGGCACUACGGCAAGUGGCAGCUGCUGAUGACGGUGCUGCUGUCGCUCUUCCAAGUGCCCAACACCUUUCACAUAUCCUCGUCGGUGUACCAGGCGGCCAACAAGGACUUCUGGUGCCAGCGGCCGCUGGAGCUGCAGCAGAUGCCCGUCGACGAGUGGCGCAACCUGAGCGGCUCCAACGACAACUGUCAUCGCUGGGAGGGCAUCGGCUGGAGCAGCCUGGCGAAUGAUACCACGCUGCAAGAGGCAACGGAGGUGGUCGCCAGCGUGGGCAAUCUGGUGGCCUGCGAGAGCUGGGAAUACGAGACGCACGACAAUGUCGGGAACACCUGGACGUCGGAGUGGGACCUGGUGUGCGACAAGGAGCACCUGAAGAACGUGGCCGAGAUGUUCUUCCUGCUGGGCGUGGCAACAGGUGGCAUCAUCUCCGGCUAUCUGUCCGACAAGUUUGGCCGCAAGACAAUGCUCUUCAUAUCGGCCAUCCUGCAGACCAUAUUCGGUCUCUGCCUGUACUUCUGCAGCUCCUUCGAACUGUAUCUAACGCUGCGCGCCCUCCUCGGACUGGUGUCCGUUUCGGUCACCUACUCGGCCCUCAUUCUGGCCAUCGAGUAUGUGGAUGGCAAGUGGCGGACCAUCGCCGGGAUGUACAAUCUCUUUCCACUGCCAAUCUCCUACAUGAUCAUCUCGGGCCUGGCCUAUCUCACGCAAGACUACCAGGCCCUGCAGCUGUGCAUCGGUUUGCCGGGAAUAUUCCUCUGUUUUCUCUGGUUCGUGGUCCCGGAAUCGCCGCGCUGGCUGCUGGUCAAGGGUCGUGUCGAUGAGGUGCGUCGCAUCAUCGAGGCGGCGGCCAAAUUCAACGGACGCCAGCUCCCAGUGGACUACCAGCUGACGCCGCCGACGCAGGAGAGCAGCUCCCAGAACAUAACGCAUCUGUUCCGCUCCAGCUAUCUGCGGCGCAUCACCAUCUGCUUCCUCUGCAUUUGGUUCACCAUGAAUCUGGUCUACUACGGCAUUAUCCUCAACAUGAGCUCCUUCGGGGGCAAUGUCUACUUGAAUUCGGCGCUAGCUGGCCUAGUCGAAAUACCCGCCAUCGCCGUGGCCAUGUAUAUCAUCACUAAGGUGGGCAAGAAGUGGCUCUUCUGCGCCACACUCUUCUGUGCCGGCGUGGCCUGCUUCUGCGCCACCAUCACCGAGGGGCGCGAGGACAUACUCUGGCUGAAGAUCACAUUCCUGAUGAUGGGCAAGUUCACGAUCAGUGCCGGGAACACCAUCAUGCCGGUCUACACCGCCGAACUGUAUCCCACGGCCAUUCGCAAUGUCGGCGUGGGCGCCUGCAACGUGGCCGCUGGAUUGGCCCUGAUCCUGACACCCUAUAUAUCGCUGCUGAACAAAAUCGAGGGCCACUUGCUGAUGGCUCUGCUCACCGCCUGGAGCAUCUUUGGGGGCUUUGUGGUGCUCUUUCUGCCCGCGACGGCCGUCCGUCGCAAUGCUGCCAACUCGGGAUCGGGCGGUGGCAAUCAGAAUGCUGCCAGUGCUGCCAAGCAGGUGUAAUAAUCGCUGCUGUCCUGCCCAGCCUCUCUGCCCUGCCCUGCCUCUGCCUCUGCCUCUACCUGUGCCCCGCCCUGAAGAACAAAAUAUAUUUUGGCUGGUCCAAAGUAUGAGCUGAUGAUGAGAAGAAGAGAAGUACAGACCCCAGCCCAGCCACGCGCCUGGAACCUGUAACGAGUCGACAUAUCCACCGCCUCAAGCCACCUCUAUCCAAUAGAUCCAAGAGAUCCCACAGAUCCCACAGAUAAAUAGAUAAACCAAAUCGAUUUGACACGCAGUUAUUGUACGAAUGGUAAUCGAGCAAUCGAAUGUCCAGAUCUAUGCCAAUUUAGAACGCUAGAACGUCACAGAAUGUCAGGCAGGACCUUGUUUUUGCGUAGCACGUAGUGAGUACGAGUAUCUUAACAAUUAAUAAAACUACAACUAAAACUAAAACUAAAACUAAAGCGUAAUGUAACGUAAUGGCUUAUAGCUUAUGUCAUAGUCUCUAAGUAUCGGAACACAAACCGCAAAAAGCAACAGAAAUACUACCCUGACAAAAUCCGCAGAAGAUUCUGUGUCUUUCCAGAGCUCAAACGAGGCUUCGGUUCGCAUCGAAGGCAAUGAAUUUUUCCACAGAGUUCGGGGAGAUCUAUCAACAGAUAUCCCCCACUGGAACUCUGUGCAAAUUUUGAGUAAAUCCCAUAGAAUAUCUUGUUGAAUUAAUGCAUGUACACAAGUAUUGCUAAUCUAAUUACAACACACCCACACACUCAAAUUAUAUUCUUGUCAAUAUGUCUUGUCAAUAUCUCAACGUACACAUAAUCUUCUUGUCGUCGUCGUCGUCGUCUUCUUGUUGUCUAUUAAUAAAAAAUGUUUUCCAAAACGCGAGAUCAAUUAGUGAAGAGUGAAGAAUGAAGAGAAGAGGCUAAAUAAAUCUUCGAGAAUUGUAAUCUCUAGUAAUCGUAGUCAAUUAAUGCUUAGUCCUAUCCGUACAUAUACACACUAUAUUGUGCUAUAUAUAGGGCAGAUCAGUCAUCAGUGAGUAUCGGUCAAUUAUAUGGAUUUGUAUAUAGUACAGUCAUGUACCCCGAGGACGAGGAGUUUUAUUGUUUCAAAAGUCGGCUCAAGAAACAGAACAACAAAAUUUCCAAUAUAAUGCAUUUAACAAUUAAUUAAUAUACAUAUGUAUAUGUGUGUAUGCCUAUGUAUAUGUAUAUGUGUGCGUGUAUGUAAAUCAAUAAAUAAAAUGUAGCAAAGAAAUACAUGCAUAUGCGCGUCGUAUAAAAGUAUCUGUUGAAUCGCUUGUUGUACUUAUGUAUCUUGUAUCUUAAAGAAUUGUUAUACUCAUUUCUCCAUUCAAAGAUGUGCAUAUAUAUUUUGUAUUAUUUUUACAUAGUUUAUGCUUAAUGUUUUGUUGUCUACUGUACUUACGAUAUAAGAUCCGGAGAGACUCUUUCUUUAAGUUUCGAAAUAAAUGGAAUACCCGAGAAUCAA